AAUAAUCGAAACCAGCAAAUUCUGGAAAAGAAAGGGAAAAACAAGAAACGCCAUUCUAACCUUCCUCGCCACCUUCAACACCCUCUCUCUCUCUCUCUCUCUCUAUCUGCGAUUUCCGGAAUCCGAAGAGUCAAUCCGACUCAAAGCUCCCGUGACGAGUUGGUUGAUGAUUCGGACGGGACCGGCUUGAUAUCUCGCGAAAGUAGAGGAGAGAGAGGAGAGGGAUAUAGGGGAUGGCGUGCAGAGGGUGCUUGGGGUGCUUCUUGAAGCUCUUGAACUUCUUGUUCACGCUCGCGGGCUUGGCGAUGGUGGGUUAUGGGAUCUACUUGCUCGUCAUGUACCUAAAUUCGUCCAGCGAUGCUGUCUCAGUUUUGCCUGUGGGCACUGGCGGGAAUUUGAUAGAGCUUGGCCGACCGAUGCUCACAGCAGUUUCUCUGUCAGACAGCAUUUUUGAUGAUUUGCCCAAAGCUUGGUUCAUCUACCUAUUUAUGGGCGUUGGAGUGAUCCUCUUCGUUAUAUCUUGUUUUGGUUGUAUUGGAGCUUCUACACGGAAUGGAUGCUGCCUGUCUUGUUACUCAGUGCUGGUGAUCAUAUUGAUCUUGGUAGAGCUGGGAUGUGCAGCUUUCAUAUACUUCGACAAAAGCUGGGAAGAUGAACUUCCUACGGAUAACACUGGGGACUUUGCCAUGAUAUAUGAUUUUCUGGAAGAGCACUGGAGUAUUGUCAAAUGGGUUGCUCUUGGGAUAGUUGUAUUGGAGGCAUUGCUCUUCUUGUUAGCUCUUAUGGUUAGGGCUGCAAACAGGCCAGUGGAGUAUGACAGUGAUGAUGAGUAUAUUGCUCCAAGACAACAGAUCCGUCAGCCAUUUAUCAACAGGCCACCACCAGCAACUGGUGUACCUGUUGCUGGCACCCUUGAUCAGCGACCAAUCAGAAACGAUGCCUGGACUGCUCGUAUGAGGGAAAAGUAUGGGCUAGACACCUCCGAGUUUACAUACAACCCAUCUGAGUCAAGCAGGCAUCAGCAAGUGCCUCCGCAGAAUGCAGAAGAAAGGAGUCGCUGCACCAUCAUGUAGCUGACAUAUAUCCCAUUGGUUCAACCUGAUGGAGGCUGAGCACGUGGACGGAGGUGCAAUCUGAUAAUGUUGAAUUUGAGGAGACCUGUGUGCCUUUUCCAAUUGAGUCUCUGUAUCUUACAAAUGCUUUUGGCAGCUCACAAGGUUUUACUCACGAUGUUGAGUACAUUUACCGAGUUUCGUGUGUAAAAUCAUAUUGCUUCUGCUUUUCAGUGCGGAGUUGCGGGUGACCUGAGAGUCGGUUGAGAAUUGUGUUUUCCCCGUUGCAUGAGUGUCUUAUUGAGGUAGUUCUUCAUAGAACUGUGGACUGAAAGUACGCUAGCCAAUUUUGCUAAGAUGGGCUUAUUAUUGAUGAAUACGCUUUCUUUUUCUCUAUAAAUUUGUGCCUGUGAACAUACUUUCGGUAUUAAACAUAUAAUGCACUUCGAUU